GAAGGGCAACCCAACCCAGUUAGCGAGCGCACUCACAACGUAACAACGGAGAAAGCAAGCAGAGCAGAGCAGCUCAUCAUUUCAGAGCCGAACCCCAAAGGAAAGAGAAAAAAGCAAAAGCAAAAAGAGAAAGCCAUCCCGGGCAAAGCAAGAAAAAGAGAGGAUAAUAAAGACAGGAAUUGCAGCAAGAAGAAGAGCUCUUCUGAGAGAGGAAAGGGCUUUGGAAGAUAACGAUGCAGACGGAGCAACAGAACCAGCUCGUUGUUCAGAAUUCUGGAAGCCUUAGCUUCAGCAGCCAUUUGUCUAAGGAAGAUGAAGAGAUGUCCAGGUCUGCUCUUUCCACCUUCAGAGCCAAAGAGGAAGAGAUUGAACGCAAGAAGAUGGAGGUCAGAGAGAAGGUUCAGGCCCAGCUGGGUCGAGUUGAGGAAGAAACCAAGCGUCUCGCCACCAUUCGUGAGGAGCUGGAGGCUCUGGCAGAUCCGAUGAGGAAGGAGGUUGCACUGGUUCGGAAAAAGAUUGAUUCAGUAAACAAGGAGUUAAAGCCACUAGGCCAUACCUGCCAGAAGAAGGUUAAACUUGAGGGAAACCUGAACGGUGAAAUUUGUGUAAACUCUUCAUACAUAUGAUGACAAUAUAACGGGUAAAUUCAUAUAUUUAUGCAGGAGAAAGAAUACAAAAGCUCUUGAAGCAUUCAAUGAAAAGAACAGGGAAAAGUACAGCUUAUCAGCAGGUUAAUGGAGUUGGUGAGCGAAAGCGAAAGAACGAGGAUGAAGAAGCUAGAGGAGCUGAGUAAGAACAUAGAAUCCAUGCACACAAGUUAGACAACUGCUAAAGACUCUGAUUAGGACUCUGCGGUAUAUGAAAAAGAUGACGUAGUAUAUGUAUGAUUGUGUCUGGGCUUGUGUAUUCUCUUGUGUUAAUGUUUGUUUUUCAGUAACAUGUGAUGGCACGUAAGCUAAUUUUCGAGGGCCAAUACCCCCCUUACAAACACGCUUGUAACUAAAUGCGCUUGCACUUUGCUAUCAUUUUUUAUUUUUACCCUUCAA